AUGAUGAUAGAAAAUGUAAAUUUUAAUUCAGAUGGAAAUUCCGGAAAAGAAGUUAUCAAUGAAAAUAUUGUUUCACAAUAUUAUAAUCCUUGCCUUAAAAAGAAAAAACAAAAUAAAUUAACAAAUAUUAGAAAAAAUAAUAAAUUAAGUAAAAAAAAAAUCAAUUCAACAAAUUUAAAUUGGAAUGGUGAAGGUGAGGAUGUAAGUUUAAAUGCAGUAAAUUUAAAAAACAAUACAAAUAAUCCAAGAAGGGUUCAUACAGAUAGAAAAAAAAAAUCAAUUUGGGAAAUAAAAUUAGAAAAUCUUAAAUUAAAGUCCGGAUAUGAAUUAAAUAAUAUCCCAGAACGUUUUAAUUAUGUUGAUUGUGAUUUUACGUAUCGCGAUUCCAAAGAGACUAAUAUUUUACAAUCGGAAAAUUAUAAUGACAAAUCAAAAAUGUGUUCAAAAUUAGAAAAUAAUUUUUCGACAAAGCGAAUUAUAAGUGCACCCGUUCGAUGUUAUAAAAAAAAAAAAACUAAUUAUAUUACCGAUAGUUCUGAUCCUGGUGGAGCAUUGAAACCUAAAAAUCAAGAUAUGCCACUUUGUGUGAUAUCCAGCGUCGUUGGAAAUGCAAAUGAAACAUUUGACAAUUCUGCAGAAAAAGAAGACCUGGAAAAAGAUAAUAAUAAUACACCUGAUCCUUCAGUAAUUACUUUAAAAAAGACAAAUGAUAUAACAAAAAUAAAAGGAUGGAGGAGAAAACAAUUUUUUAUUGAAAAACCAACAACUAUUGAAUUUUAUAGUUGUGUUAAAAAUUCACCAGAAAAAAGGAAAAUUUUUUUUAAUGAUUCAUUUGAAAAAGUACCGGAAAAUACAAAAAAUGCAUUUGUUUGCGAUAGUUUGGAUGAAUUUUUAGACAAUGAAGCUGAAUUAAAGUUAAAUUAUGAAGUACCUCAUUUGUAUGCCGAACUCGGUAUUAAACUUACCAAAGAAGACGUUUUGUCAAAGCCAAAUUUUUCAGAAGAGGAAUUUAAAAAACUUGGUAAUAAAUAUUGUGUUAAAUUACCAUAUCCGGAUAAUUUUUUCAAUAACGUUUUCGAAGAUAAAAAUAAUGAAAAAGAACAAAAAUCGGAAAAUGUUGAAUCUUAUCAAAUUUUGAAAAUUGGCAAAAGCAAAAGAAGACUUUUGAAAAUAGAACAAAAAUAUAAUAGUGAUAUUAAAAAAUUAAAACCGAAACCUGUGAGUGUUUUAAAACGUUCUUUCAUAAAUGAAAAUAAUUACGUGACAUUAGGUAAUAGUAGUGAUCAAUCAUUUGACAAAAUUAAUAAUUGCUCAAAGGAUUUUUUUUUAACAACUAAAUUAUUAGGUGUUGUUUUUUAUCCAAAUUCUUUUAAACCAGUUCAUCCCAUUGUGGAAAGGCAUUUAAAUAAAUUACGUAGUUUUUAUACUACCAUAGACAAAAAUUGGGCUGAUUUUGCCACGUCAGCUUUGGGGGGUAAGUGGCAAAAUAGACAAAUAAAUAGGAAAAUUUUACCCGUGUAUUGUACGGGAAAAAUUGGGAGUGACACAUUUAAAAAAAACGAUGAUGUUGAAAUAGAAAUUAAAAAUAUAGUUAAGUUUUUAGUUGACUCAGUGUGUGAAAAAAACAAAAAAAAUAGUUUAACAAAUUUUUGCAACGUUUUAAAUCAGAAAAAAAUUGACAAAGAAAAUUUUGAAAAUCUCAUGGAAAGUGAUUUCUCAAUUAUGAACAUUGAUUCUAAUUUUUUAUUAAAAGAUUGUAAAGUUUUUGUAAAAAAACUUAAUUAUGUUAAAAGAUUCAAACCCUGGUGUAUGGAACAUAAUUGUUACGAUUGUACUUUAUGCGGACUCGUUAAUUCCAAGAAUAUUAAUAACAUGAAUGGAAAAAAUGGAUUGUUACAAGUUAAAAAUAUACCGAGAUUGUUGAAUUCAGAAUAUGAAUCUCCUCAGUCUCUUUUUAACGAAAGAAUUACAAAUUUAUUGGCCAGUAAGCUCCGAAGUGUUGCUUAUAAUGAUGAUAUCGUAGAAAGUAUCGAUAAACUCAAAGCACUCGUUCCAAAUGAUUUAGAAUUAAUUAAAUUAAAUUUUGUUAAACAAAGUUUUUUAACAGGAUAUAUAAAUAUUUGGUUUUUACAACCGGAAUCGAGUAAAGUUCGCUCGAGAGCAUUUUUAACUUUUUCAAAAGCACCUCCGGUACCCAAGGCUAUCAAUAUCAGACGACAUCAAAAUUUUUCAAAUAAUUUUCCCAAAGUCAUUUCUGAAAUCGUAUCAACGGAAGAUGUAUUCGACGACGAUGAGUUCGCCAUACUUUAUUGCAAUGGAAAUUCGUGGGAAAUUCACGGAGCUCUCAAUAUCGGAUUGGAAAAAAAAGACGAUGUUGAGUUGCAGAAGAACGAUCAUGAGGUGGAACAAAUAUUUAUUCCCGUACCUCCUGUCGAAAUGGAUGAUAUAAGAAAAAUAGCGACGCAAAUAUUAAGAGUGACAACAACAAAAUGGUGGAUAUUAGAUCUCACUCAAAAUUUUACCGAAAUAGUUUUAAACAUUUCCUGUCACAGCACGGUAAUAACGAAGAAACAUCUUUUGGCAAUCAUCAAAUCAAAAUUUUUAGGAUUUUUAGCCAUGAAAAAACAAAAAGGACGAUUAUAUGGAGUUUACGUACUACACACGCUUUUCCCAUUUAUUUUAGUGGGACCCUAUUACACUUUUGAAAAAUGUACACUUUUCCUCAGAUCAAACUCUCUUAAAAUUCCUUUUGAUUAUGUCAGCCAGGAAAAUUUACCACACGGAAGUUCUCUUAAAUAUGUAAUAAAUUCGGUCGUGUCGGAACUGGAAGGAAGUGAUAAAAAAUUAGAAGGGCUUUGGUUGUACGAUAAAAAAAAUUUAGACAAUGCUUCGUAUUUGGAAGCUAUAACCACAACGAAUCACGGUGUGUUUCCCAAAAUGGAUUACAGCCUGGAAACUGAACACGGAUACGGUUUAAACAGUUUGACAUAUGAUGGUAAAAUAUCAUUAGAAGUUCCUAUUUAUUUGUAUUUUGAAGUUUUCGAUUUAGGCUACCUGACUGGAGAAUUAGAAAAUGAUAAUUCAAUCAUGAUAAGCCAUCCUUUAUCUCCUCUCACAAGAGUGAAAUCUCGACGAAUCGGGGAUUUAUUUAUAAGAAUGUUAAAAAAACGUAUCAAGUUUCUGCCGGAAAAUUAUGAACCCAAAUGGUUUAUAACGAGACACAAAGAAGAUUUAGGGGGUAGAAAACCCUUUGAUAAAUAUUGUCUGAGUGGUGUCCAUAUUCUGUGUAAAAAUGGUUUGUGUUCAUUGUUAAAAAUAAGUGGUAUUAGAAUCAAAGAAUUGGGUUUGAACAAAGAAGAAGUUAUUAAAGCCAUUGCGGAAAAUCCCAUCAUAUCAGAAAUAUUCGAAUUUAAAAAAUUAAAAGGAUUAAUAUUUAAAAACGUUAAUAAUUAUUUACCGAUGAACGCCGUUCUCAAAAAGGCGAAAAAAAAAAUCGACGAACUGUGUAAGGCGAAUGAAGAUUUGGUGAAUUUGAAAAACGAAAAUGAAAAAAAAAAUAUUUCGCUGCGGGAAACGUAUUCGAAUUUGCUGUCGAGCGAUCAAAUAUCCACAGACGUUAAAAUAAAUUCAUUAAAAAAUACUUUCGAUAACGUUGAUGAAAAAUUUGAAAAUAUUUCUGAACUUGUCGAAAGUGAAAAAUUUAAUGUUGUGUUAGAAAAAUUAGGAUUUAAUUCAAUGUCACUUAAAAAUAUAAAUUCUAUCGAAACGAUACCUGAUGUGGAAAAAGAGGGGAAUAAAAAAAAUAAGAAGAAGAGUAACGGCAUCGUCAAAUCAUCGACGGGAAACAACAUGUUAAAAAAAAAGGAAAGAGGUCAUAGGUUAAAAAAUCGUACUUCAGGUACAAAAAAAUCAAAAUUAACAAAUCAUACAGUUUUGAAAAAAUUAGAAGGGAAACUUUUAAAAAUAUCGAAAAUUCUCGACGCGAGUGGAAAUAAAACAAUGCCAAAGAAAUCAAUUAAAAACGGACAAUUUAUUAUAGAAAAUAUAAAAAAGGGUAAAAAAAUUAAAAUGAAACAAUCACAAAAAGGAAAAAGUAAAAACAAGGAUUUAAAAAAAAAAAGAAAGAAAAAGAAAGAAUCAUCAUACGAAAACGGAGAUGUUGGGAUUAAUAAAAAAAAAAAAGAAGAAAAGGAGGAAAUAAGGGUUAAAAAAAUGAUAGAACCUAAACCUGUUUUUAAUUAUAAUGAAGAAAAUAACGAAUCGGAUAAAGAUGAAAUAUCAGUUGUUAAAAUUAUUAAAAAAAAUGAAGAGAAAGAGUGUAAUAAUAAAAAAAAAUAUAAUAAUAAAACUUUGGUCAAUUCAAUAGUGAAAAAUUCAUCAUCAUCAUCAUCAUUAUCAUCGUCUGGUCCACCGGGUAAAAAAUUUAUUAUUCUCAAAAGAGGAGAAAAUAAUAUUUUAGGAUCCCAAAAAUUUAACAUAUUUAAAGCUAUUCGUGUAAUGGGAAAAGAUUCAAAUGAAAAGAUGGAAAAAGGUUUAGAUGUAAAAAGUCAUAAAUGA